CAAUCCGAUUACCCAUGCGAUACUACCAAUACCCCAGUUGACCAACCUCACCUUCCAAGCUAGGCAGGUCUCGAGAUCGAGACUUUUCCGGUCUCUAAAUCCCUCGUUGAAGGCGGCACCGCUUCCAUCCAAACAUGGAUCCUCGGUGGCAAGAUUGUGCCCCCACCCAACCCGGAUCCAUUCCCGCUCAGCCCAAAGCUGCCAAAAUGCUCUCCUUCUACACUAACGUCCUUAGCAGCAAAUACGGAGCUGGAAAUCUCGUCGUUAUGGAGGACAGCUUCGCUUUCUCUAACGCGCAACGCUACGUCGAAUGGCAGUGGUACGAAUUUUCAGGAACCAGAGUCUUCGAAAACCUGCUGGAGGUACUGCAAGACGAUGAAAUCCACAAAUUUCAAUUCCUGCUGCAGCAACAAGUGCAUGUCACACCUUCCAACAUGGCUGAAUUGGCUUGUAGAGAGCUCGAGAGCUGUUGCGCUUCCGUGCAAAAGUCAAAUGCAACAUGGGCCGAUGAAGGCCUUGACGGGAUGGUCGAUGAAGGCACGCCCAUAGUGGACACCGCCUUCAUGACCUCAACACAAUACGGGGAGGAAGAUGAAGGCCUUGACGGGAUGGUCGAUGAAGGCACGCCCAUUGUGGACACCGCCUUCAUGACCUCAACACAAUACGGGGAGGAAGAUGAGGCACUGGUUGAUAUGGAUGACUACAUCCACAGCCACCGCAGGAGAUCAGGCUUUCAAGACGGAAACCGGACACUCCCGGAACCUGAGUAGCGCCUGAGUGGCGCCUGACCCGAACAAAUAGAAUGCAUCAUAAAAGAAACUAGAACUGUUACUUUAUUAUACUG